CCCCUGAUUGGCUGAGGCGCGCGCUGCGAAAGAGGAUAACAGCGAAGGCGCGAGCUGAGGAGAGGCAGCAGCAGCAGCAGGAGCAGCGGCGAGGGCGCCUCUCUCUGUGUCUCUCUCGCCCAUUUUGUGGCUCGCUCCUUCUUCUUCCUCCCUCCAUGCGGCGACUUCUUGACCCUCCCGGGGGAAGGUUCCAUGGUGUGGCUCUUGUCGUCGUCGUCGGCGCUGGGAUAGUAGCCCUCCCUGCCCAUGUUCUUGCCUCCUCGGCUUCUCCUCAGGCCGGAUAGAGGAUGCUGCUGUGCUGGCCGGUGGCUUCCUCGGCCCGUCUGCUUCCCUCCCGCCGCGGCCCGGGGCAGCCCCUCUGCCGCAGCUGCUAGCGAUGACUUCGAGGCACCAGGCGGACUGGAUCCCGUACAGUGUUUUAGAUGAUGAGAGCAGCAAUCUGCGACAACAAAAGCUUGACAGACAGAGAGCUUUACUAGAGCAGAAACAGAAGAAAAAACGUCAGGAGCCACUCAUGGUUCAGUCCAAUGUGGACAGUCGUGCCAGGGCACGCCGGAUGAAACAAUCCGAAGAACAAGCACCUUUGGUUGAAUCUUACCUCAACAGCAACAGCAGCACCAUUUACCAUGUGCAGGAGGCUGAGCCAGAAGAUGUAAAGGUGGUAGCGGACUCACAAGCUCCAAAAUCAACUAAAAAAACCAAGGCAGCCACAGGAGGUUGCCAAACUGGCAACACCAGACAGGAGAAAAAGGGAAAACAUAAAGGCAUUGAUGGUCCAGCUGCUUUCCAAGAUGAUGCAAAGGAAGUAGGGAGCCGUGUUCAGAUCCUUACAGUUGGAGAGGCUUGUCAAGAUGAAGAUGAUGGUGAAAUAAUAGCUUCCUGUCAACAAGGCAAGCAUGAUCUUAGAGUAACGAUGCAGAAGAAAGGUAUUUCGAGUAGCAUGAAUUUUGAUGAAGAGGAGGAUGAAGAUGAUGAAGAUAGUUCAAGUUCCUCACAAUUGAAUAGUAACACCCGACCAGGUUCUGCAACAAGCAAGAAAUCAAACAAGGAAACAGCCUCAGGACCUAGCCCGUCAACUAACAACCUUGUAAUCGACGUUGAUGACCUGGAGGAGUUUGGCGUGAGACCUGCUCCUCAGGGCGUUACUGUCAAAUGCCGAAUAACGAGAGACAAGAAGGGGAUGGACCGUGGAAUGUACCCUACUUACUACCUCCACUUGGAAAGGGAGGAUGGUAAAAAGGUAUUUUUGUUAGCUGGAAGGAAGCGAAAGAAGAGCAAAACCUCAAAUUACCUCAUCUCUAUUGACCCAACAGACCUGUCACGAGGUGGAGAAAGUUUCAUUGGAAAACUAAGAUCAAACCUUAUGGGGACAAAGUUUACAGUUUAUGAUAAUGGAGUAAAUCCAAUGAAAACAACAUUGAGUUUGGAGGCAAGUAAUCUGCGGCAGGAGCUGGCUGCUAUUUGCUAUGAGACAAAUGUCUUGGGCUUCAAAGGUCCUCGUAAAAUGAGCGUCAUCAUUCCAGGCAUGAAUAUGGACCAUGAGAGAGUUUCCAUCAGACCACGCAAUGAACAUGAAACACUUCUCUCAAGAUGGCAGAAUAAAAACACAGAAAGUGUCAUUGAACUGCACAACAAAACACCUGUUUGGAAUGAUGACACUCAGUCUUAUGUUUUGAACUUCCAUGGACGUGUCACACAGGCCUCGGUGAAAAAUUUCCAAAUCAUUCAUGAUAAUGAUCCUGACUAUAUCGUGAUGCAGUUUGGUCGUGUUGCUGAGGAUAUUUUCACCAUGGACUACAACUAUCCAAUGUGUGCACUUCAAGCUUUUGCUAUUGCCCUAUCCAGUUUUGACAGCAAGCUGGCUUGUGAAUGAAGAAGCUACAUCUCUACAACCAAAACCAUGUGCCACUGGAAGAACAUUCCACAUUUUUCUCUGGUGUUAUCAGUGGUUUCAUACUCUCAUGGGGCAGGUAAUUUUUUUUUUUUGCAAAAAUUCAACCCUUUUGCUGGAGAGAAAAUAUUUUAAAACUUUCAAGAUAUGUCAUACACACCCUCCACACACACAGACCUAUUCUCUAUUUUUCUGGAAGUGGUUGCAGACAAGUGUAAAUAGAAGUCCUGUCUAUUGUUCUCAGUUAUGUUAUGAAGAUGUGCCAUGUACUGUAUCAUGGCUGAAGUAAAAAUGCCAUUGGGAGUGGUGUGUCUUUUUCUCCCUAAACCCAUGAAAGCUCUGGCAACACAAAUCUGGCUUUGGAUUUAAGAAGUAUUCAGAGGCAGUAAGGGUAUCUCAAAAAUGCCAUUUAAUACAAUGGGAGCGGAAUAUCAUCCACUUUAGGAACAAGAUAACAAGAAAGAUGCACUUUUAAAAACAGUAAGAAAAACAGAUGAAGGUGAUGUUUAAAGACUGCACUUCAUUUGGGACAAUGUUUAUGUGGGUAUGACCCAAUGAAUCUUUAAUUCUGGCAGAGGAUUGGUGGGAGAGAAGUAGGAAGCACAAAUUAAAUAUUGCACAAGUCACUUGUAUUCCAGGGUGUCAUGAAUUGCAUUUUCAUUUCAAUCUCACAUUCAAGUGCAAAUUUGAGUAUUUUAUAAAGGGAGGUGGUGAAUAAUACUGAAACAUUGCCAUAUGGAUACUAGAAAUAUACGUUGUAUUGCAACAGUAAUUCACAGUUGGGGUAAUUUGUUUUGUCAUGUGAUUUGUCUGGUGUCUAAUGCUCCAUCUGUGACAUGUUCAGGCAAGACUCUGGAAAGACUUCUACCUGUGACCCUGGUGAACUUCUGCCCAUCAGGACAGAGCAGAGGACAGAGGUCUGGCUUAUAUAGUACAAGGCAGCUUUAUAGGUUGUAAUGAUCUUAAAUUAAUGGCAUUUCGCUGUUUGAAUGAAAACAUCUUUAUGCACCUGCCCCUUUAAGGCAGUUGUGUAGCAACCUCUGGAAUUAUUAUAAAAUGUUCUUACAAAUUUGUUUUCUCUUUUCAAUCUAUAUAGCCUGGGUUUUUGUUAUAUUCCAUAGAAAGAUCUAUUGACUGCACAUUGAUGGGAGUAUGAAAGUGCCAGUGACUAAGGCCCCUUCUACACUGCCAUAUAAAAGCCUAAUUAUAUGAACUGGAUUAUAUGGCAGUAUAGACUCAUAUGAUCCAGUUCAAAGCAAAUAAUGUGAAUUAUCUGCUUUGAUAAUCUGGAUUAUAUGUCAGGGUAGAAAGGGCCUUAGAGAAAGUUCAUUUUCUGAGUUCAGAGAUUGAGGGAGGAAGCAUAUAGAAAUUUCCACCAUGGUUUUAAAUUUAUCUUGUUUUCUUGUAAUAUUUGUAAUGUUACCUUUUUCAUUUAUGGAUCAAAAUAUUUCUGAAUACAGCCUCUUGCAUAAACCACCCACUUGGAAAUUGUUUCAGUUCAAAAUUGAUUCAUAAUACUGGUUUCAAAGAAGAAUGACUUAAAGCCCUGAUUCCAAGUUAGUUGCAUGCAGUAAGAUAUUACAGGAAAGAGAUUACUGGGCUGAAACAAGGGGCAGAAGACCCAGAUGUUGUAUGAGGAAGCACCUUUCUGGCCACAUCAGGCUGGGAGUGAAUACCUCUAGCUUAGCUAUAGAAGGGUUAUCAAUAUUGCUUUGAGUGGCUCUUGCGCAUGAGACUGUAGUAAAUGCAUAUAUGUAUUCAGUUCAGCAGAUAUACAUUCAGUUCUAUGCAUUUGAAUUGGCUUAUGCCAAUGUUGGAAUGCAGACUGUAGAUCGCUGAAUCUAAUCUUUUAUGUACUCAGAUUGGCAUUCCUGUUGUGCUUUGAGAUCACAACUAUAUCAUUUCUUUUUAAAAACAAAACCCUGAACUUUCAACUUUUUACUAAGUACUGCUCCACUAUCAUAUGACAAAGAAACAGUGACAAUAUAAUCAGUUGUGGAGAAAUCUACAUAAGAAUAGUUCACCCAGCAGAAGAAGUCUAACUUGUGAUAUCUAUAAAGGGGCAGAAUAUAAAGUGGAAGAAAGUGGCUGCUGCAUUUUGUCCAGUCAAUGGGAAGAAAGAUGGGUCAGAGGGCUGUGGAAUUCCACAUUAUGGGAUAGUUGAGGUUUAACUCCAGAAAGCCAUCCCUUCUUUAACAAUGUAUAAACAUGGGGUAAACUUAACACAAUUCUGACCUAUGGAACAUUAGACAUACACUUACAAUUAGAUGGCAGUUCUGUGCAUACAUAGUUGAACGUAAGCCAUAUAGACAUUAGUGGUGCUUACUUUUGAAGGACAUGGAUAAGAGUUGCAGUUUCAGACUGAUUUUAUUAAAAAUACUUCAUAUGAAGAGUUUUUGGCAUUGCUGCUUCAAAACGUGAGCAUCAAAGAAAAUACUCAUUACAAUAGGAAUUUGCUGGCUAACUUUUAACAAUACAUUUUAUUACCAGAUAGAAAUGUAUCUGGUUAGAUUCAGAUUUAGUGAUGCAUAGAGCAGACCUUUUGAAAUCAAUGAGACCUAUUUUAGUAGAGACUAAUUAAAGUUCCAUUGAUUUCAGUGGGAUAUAUUCUUAUGUUAUGACUACCUGUUUAUCUCUGCUUUUAUAUCAUAAGAAAAUGAGAUCCAAUCUUCCUAGCUUACUAUUUCCCCUGUAGUCAAAAGGACUGGCUUGUGACAAUAGGAGAGUGUGCAGUCUUCUGGGCUGUGAAAUUUCAUGGAAUCAGAUAAAUAUAUUUUGUGUAUUUGUUUUCUGGGUGUUCCACAAAUGUGGGCACAAGGAGAUUUUUGUGGACAAGUUUGCAUUUGAGGUGUAGAUUUCUUAAAUGCCUUUAUUUCAUAGAAUAAUAUGAUAAGUAAAAGAGUCUCAGUGGAACAACCACUGAGAAGAGCAAUGUCUUUUGAGGUGGGCAAUAGAAAAUUGUUCAUCUCUACAGCCAUUCCACUAAAAAUGUUCCAAAUGAUGCCAGGAAUUUCAUACUAUUCUAUAUUAAUUCUAUAUUCAUUCUAUAUAUGCAGGGGUUCUAUACACAGUAGGCCCUCCACCUUCAUGGGUGUUCAGGCUGUAGGAUCCCAGGAAAAGUGAAAAAACAAUGAAUUUUAAUAAGCUCUUUUUUGACCUGAGAAAACAUCUUUUUAGGAAGCUCUAGGUUCUCCAGAGUGACACUAUGGCUUCUGGUAUAGUGAAGAAGAUGAGAGGGGAAUUCUCUUUUGGAAAAACUAAUGAUGCACCAAGCUCCUCAUCUUCACUAUAGAAGCAGAUAUGGCUUUCCAAUGAGUUGAAUUGAUGUACCAGCCUGAGAGAAUGAAGCAUAAGUGAUGGCAAGUCACUCCACCCUACCAGGAGCUUUAAUCAUUAGGGUGUUGGCUGUCCCUUGAUAAAUGGAGGAUGUUCUGAAAGUAGGGGCAAAUUAAUACUGAAAGAUGUAUAGUGAUGUCCCUGCAUAGGUAGUAUUUUCAAAGGACAUUAAUUUAAGGGUAUAUGCUUUCCUUUGACUAGACAUAAUGUGUGUGCAUAUGUAUAAUGUGUGUGCAUGUGUAUAAAUAAGUAAGGAUGGUAAAAACAUCAAAAACAUCCAGGAGUUCUCUGGGCAACGUCCUUGCAGACGGCCAGUUCUCUCACACCAGAAGCGACUUUCAGUUUCUCAAGGCACUCCUGAUAUAAAAAAAUGUAAGUAAGCAUAUCUGUUGUUUUGAGAACCCCUUCGCUUUCCUAACAGAAACCCUUGAAUGGUGAUUUCGGGGAUUUGAGAAAAUGCCAUAUGAUUUUCAAUUUGAUUUUUUUCCACUCACUGUCAUUGGCUUUUUCCUAGAACAAAUAUGGCGUGUGUAGAACAAAUGAGAAACAAAAGUGAUACUAUCUCCAGGACUUUCAAGAUCACGUCCACAAAGGAGAUUAUUAGGCAGUAACGUAACAAGUAAUUAUGUGAAAAGGGCCUUCUUGUCUCUCCAGACCCUAUCCAGUCUUUCCCCUAGUUCUAUAUGCAAACCCUGCAAAGGACUAAAAGCAAAAUUUUCCAUAUUAUGUAGAAAACGGUGUGCAGAUGAAUUGUAUAGAGGUCGACCCAGAGAGCUGAGAAGUUGGCUAUCAAUUCUUCUAUGUUUUUUCUAGGCAGUGCCCUUUUAAAAAAUAUAUCUUUACGUAGCUUUCUUUGCUGUCGUGGCAUUGUUCCAAUAGCAGAAAUUGUUGUGUAAAUGUCAGGGAAGCAAAAGAUUAGGGUGGGCAUAGCCCUGUCGCUUAUGCUAAAUGAAAAUGAAAAUGAAAAGCAAAUAAAUGAAAGCCAGCUUAUAAAACAUUCCAGAAAUUGUAUUCCUGUCUUAUUCCUUUUGCAUUAUUCCAGUAGUCACCAUGAAUUAGCUUAAAACUCUACGUAUAUACUUUUUCUGAAAUCUUGAAGCUGCCACCCUCAAAAUACAUGCUUGGGGUUCAAGCCCAAUGGGGCACAAUUGUAUUUAAAAUAGAUACAUUUGUAGGAUUGCUGGCAUAGUUAUCUUGUACAGAAGUGCCCUUAAGAUUAAUGAAUUAUGGCUGAUUUUGGCAGUCUCCGAAAGAAGAGAAGCAAUGCACAAAGUGGUACUUAGCAGAAUAAACCUCUAUGGUGUUAUUCUAAGUGUAUUUACAUAGAGACAAUUCGUGGUAAAUCUGAACAGUACUUAUGCUGUUGUUAGGUGUGAUUAGCACUGCAGCAUUACUUGGGUGGAGUAAAAACCACAGAGUACUCAAAAUAUUUGAAACAUUACUUAGAAGGAUGUCAUGCAGUUUGAACUUUUCUAUAAUCCACACUUUACUUCCAUUUGUUUCAACAGGACUUUUUCCUAAGAACAUUUCUGCAACCGUUUAGCCUAAAACUAACUACAGUAGAGUCUCACUUAUCCAAGCUAAACGGGCUGGCAGAAGCUUGAAUAAGCGAAUAUCUUGGAUAAUAAGGAGGGAUUAAGGAAAAGCCUAUUAAACAUCAAAUUAGGUUAUGAUUUUACAAAUUAAGCACCAAAACAUCAUGUUAUACAACAAAUUUGACAGAAAUAUUAGUUCAAUACGCAGUAAUGUUAUGUUGUAAUUACUGUAUUUAGGAAUUUAGCACCAAAAUAUCACGAUAUAUUGAAAACAUUGACUACAAAAAUGGCUUGGAUAAUCCAGAAACUUGGAUGAGCAAAGCUUGGAUAAGUGAGACUCUACUGUACUGCGGAAUUGUGAUCAGGAUUUAAACCAGUGUCAUUAUUUUUUAGGUGUUGUGGUGUGAAAGGAGGAAUCCAGUACCAUACUUCUUGUUGCAAUGCCCUUUCACUAGUUGCACAGUGACAGCCCAAUAUAAGCAGUUCACACCCCUGUGGCCAAGCAGUGGCUGAGGACAGAUCAGCUGCUGAAGAAAAAGAAACCACUGUCAGCUUUCUGGGCUCCAGUAGGUUCCCCAUCUGCACAAUGGCAUCUGAAUAGCACCAGGCACAACCCUGCCCCCAAAUGCUGAUUGGCUGAGGGAAGGGAAAUAAUUGAUAGCAAAAGACAAAGGAUUCUGUUAUCUUUUUUUUCUAGGGAGAGGAUUGGAAAUGCUUUUCUCUGAUUCUAAAGCAAGCUCACCUGUUUCUUCCCCAUGGGCUUCUUUCCCUAUAUCUUGUUGAUCUGACUUUCCAAAUUCAUCUUGAAAAUAGGGAUUAUUUCAGAGAAAAGUGGGGAUGCAGGUGGCAUUCACAAGAUGCACAGAUCAAGGUCACUUACUGCAGACCUGUCCCAUGUUAACAAAAGUAGUAGUGUGUUCCCCAUUUUGUGGCCAUGUGAACAGUUGGGCCACUUGUUUGGAAAUGACCACAGCAGUUCACCUGGCCAUCCUCCUUCCCCUAGAUUGGGGCAGCCUAGGGACAGGGAGUGGCACUUACCUUCCCCCUCUCAUCCUUAGCUUAGUGGCAACCAAUGUGUAUGAAACUGCCCACGAUUGUUGCUCAUUGCAUCAUCUGACGUUGGCCAGAAUGAUCAGAGAAGAGAGAAGGGAAAGAAGGGAGCAAUUCCUCAUUUCUCACUCCUCUAUCGCGUGAGUUUCUAUCACUCUGGCCAGUGUCAAUGGAUGUGACAAGUUAUGAUUGCUGGCAGUUUCACACCCUGUAGUGCACUAAGCCGAGAACAAGAGGAAGGAAGGUAAAGGUGGCAGCCAAGUGGUAAAACGGGUUUAGUGCUUCUGGCUCAUUUGGACUUCAGCUUCCAGAGUGGCUCGUCGCCAUGUAGUGCAGACACUUGUGGUGUUGAUCCAGAUCAGUAUCAACAUUUGUGGUCUAUGUAGAUGGGCCCUUGGUUGCUUAGAACUCUGAAAUCUAACCAAUAAGGCAAUGUUGUACUUACUCAGUUAUUUUUGAUAUGAAUAUAAUAGGCUGCUCUGUGUGUGUCAUGUGUAUCACAGACUCAUAUAUAUAACUCACACAAAACAGCUUUCCUUCCACAGAUAUCUGGUUCAUGUAAUUAAAUUCCCAACACCACUUUAUUGAACUGAGACGUGUUUGCAGCACAGCAGUUCAUGUAGCAGAGUCAGUGACUAUAACUAAAAUUCCUCUAUUCUUAUCAAGCAGCUGUGUUUUAAUAGACUGUAGUCAGAUGCAUUUUAUGUGUAAAGUGAUGAUAGCCACAACUAACUUUGUAUUGUAAUGACACAAGUUGAUUUUAACCAUAUAAACAUUGCUCUGACUCAUAAACAAUGUUUAUAUCAAGCAUGGCUUUGAAUUUUACCUUGGCUUCUUUGAAUUCUGUUCCUGCCCUACUAGUAUGCAUUAGGGCUUAUUUUUAGUUCUAGUCCCCCCUCCCUUCCUCCCUUUUCCUCUCUUCCUGCCUCUCUCACACACCAUCCCUCCACCAAGAGAAAUCCACGCUAAUUCUAUACAAGUUGCUGAUGGACAAAUGCAGCUGGUGUAAAAUGGCAGAUCUCCCAGUACAUUUUGUAAUGCAGAGCAAACCCCAGCUCAGUGCCAAUCUACAUACUGCAUCCUCCCAUUGUAUAAAUCAUGUGAUGGUCUUCUGUUUCCUAAUUUAAAAAGAAAGAAAAACACCCAGGGGGUCACCCUUCCCCAGCUACCUCCAGCAAGGGUUGACACUACCUCCAGCAAGGGUUGCAAACAUGUGUUUUGCUCCCCAUUUCACCUUUUCUUCACACCACAUCUUCAUUUGGAAUAAAAUAAAAUGUGUUACUGUCAGGGCAGGUUGGGAGGCUUCAAGAGAUGUGAAACAGGUCAGCAGGAUUGGUGUCAAGUCUACAAAGCUAAGGGUGAUGUAGUAUUGGUAAAAAGCAAUUAAAAGCCAUUUUCAUUUAUUUGAGGCUAAUGCUAUCUAAAACAUUUUUUAGUUGUAGAGUUACACUGCAGCAUUCAAGAGCAGCUAAUAGGCACUGUUUGCAAGUUCUUUGAAAACUUCUUGGUGCUUCUGACUACUAGUAAAAGGAAAUUGGCAUAUUUGGAAAUAAAAGGUAAGCUGCAAAGUGACUAUGAACUUGGAUUUGAAUGCACUAUUGUUUUGAAUACACAGGCAGUAGUUCUCUACCAACAAUGGGAGUGAACCCCAUUCAACAUAGUAUAGCUUCUGAAAAAAUAAACAUGCAUGUGGUUAUCCAUAGUUUGUGUUAUGUUUUAUGAUGAUGAUUUGGGUUGGUGUAAGCCGUUGAUAUGCAGAGUAAAAAGUGAUGCUUUUCUACACUUUGAUAAGUUGAAAGGAAAAAGGAAGAACAGUUGCAUCAUGUAAAGUCUCAUUUGCUGUUACUGCUUGACAAGGAGAGGACUGGGAAGUGAUUGUUGGACUAUAGCUCACAUCAUUAGUAGCCACACGUAAAUAUGCUGAGGGAAACUAAAACAUCUUGAGUGCCAUAGGUUUGUUAUUCUUGUACUGGAAUAAGUUUCAGAAUUGGUUCUCCAACUUCUAUAUUGUGUCUUUCUUGUUGUUAAUAACUUGGUUCGUCUUUCACUGAUCCUCAAAAAUGAAAGACAAAACACAUUGACUGUAUUAACACCUAUUCUUGAAAAUGAAACCAGGUACCAGAAACAAAAAGCUUAUGUAAAGAAUUUAAACUGCAUUAAGAAUUCUUCACCCCUUUCUUCAGUAAAAAGAGUAAGGAGUUUAGGUUGUUUGAAAGGUUAUCAGUGAGAAAGUCAGUAAUGACAGACAAGCUUCCUGUUCGGAAAUCUUGGCCACCAGUAACAAACAUUGCCUGCAGUGAAGUAUCAUUUUUCAUUUUGGGCUGUUCUUGUUGCUAUUGUUGUCAUCUAAAAAGCUUGGACAGAAUACUUAAUGACUGACCUGCGUUCCCAAAAAUGUGUUCCAAAGUCUUCUGCAACAGAAAUGACAUUUGUGGCUAACGUGCAGUUUUCCUAUGCAGAAAAGGUGUCCAGAAAAUAACAGUGUUUGAAAAAUGCCACUAAUGUAGCCUUUCAGCAUCCCUACUGUACAGUGAUUCCCAAGAUACUAUGGAAUGAAUCCAUGGGUGGUAGGAAACCAAUCUCAGUUUAUAGGGUACACAUGCCUCAUAUGUUAUACUUCCAGGUAUACUAUUCCAUUGUACUAAUAUAGAUCCUAGUCCCUCAUCCCUACCAAAUCCCACUACAUAAUUUGGCCAUGGACUUGACGUGCCUUAUUCAUGAGACACUUCAUAAUUUAAUACAUUAUCGAUAGCUAUUUAGCUUUUACUGGCAGUGGUAUCAUGAAUGGGGAAAAAGAUUAUCAAAGCCAUACACAUAAACAAAUAUGCAAAUCACCUAUUUCCAAUUUUGAAUACUGAUUCUUUUAAAACCUGCAAAAUUGUCAGAUCUUCUAAAGAGUCUCCUGAAAGGAUAAAUAAUUAUUUUAAAUCAGAUUUGUUUGUAAUUUGAGAAACACACCAUCUAAAAAAGUAAUUUUUCUGCUAAUUGGAAGCAUAAGUUGCUGGCAUGAAAUGUAAAUCCUCUUUUUUCCCAAGAAACAUUUGAAACUUGGAUGAAAUGACAACUGUAUAGAAGACAUUUGUUUCAAGCAUGCACUGUAUAGGUAGGAUAGGAAAAAUAAUCCUGCAAAACAAAAUCUCUUAAAACUGCUAUGCUCAGUGCCAAUAUACUGUGUAAAAAUGCACUGUAUUACACAGCAAAGUGCAUUUCACCUAAAAUAAAUUCCAGAGAGCUUUCAUUUGAAAACAAAAAGCUGCACAGCAAAAAUAUUCUGUCUUGGGUGGUGGUAGAUUCCUAUUACAGGAAAUACAAAUGUUUUGAGGUCCAGAUCCAACUAUUAUGAAAUACAUUUCUAUACUACGUAAACUACUAAUCCUGUUACACUAAGGACUGUGUCUGAUGUUAUUGAUAAGGAGGUAGACUUUUUUUGCAAGCAUAAACUCUAUUUCGUAAGUAAAAUUGCAUUAUCUGGAGUGCAGUUGGAUUUUGCUCCUUUAAAAAUAUUUGAGAAGUCUUGGCUUGGCCCUUUCAGUUGAUGACUAGCUUUUGAUGUGUACAGAUACUUGUAAAAUGAUUGCAUCAAUUAUGUAAUUUUUUCUUUCUCUUCUAGUCUGCAAUAGGUUUCAAUCAGAAAUGUUCUUUUCUCAUCACUACCAAUCAGUAUGAGCUGCUUUUCAUAGGAUUUGUCUAUUUUUUUGACUGGCAUAUUUGCCUAUCUGUGGCAGCUUGCCAAAAUAAAAGUGUGGUGUAGUGAUUUGUGCGUUGGACAGCAAGUGUUGAGACCAGAGUUUGAAUCCCCAUUCGGCCAUGGAAAUCCACUGGGUGACUCGGGCAAGUCAUACUCUCUCAGCCUCAGAGGAAGGCAAUGACAAAUUCCCCUCUGAACAAGUCUUACAAGGGAAAAAACCCUUAGUGGCCAUAAGUCGGAAAUAAUUUGGGAGGCACACAACAAAAUAUAUAACUCAGGUGCCAAGAGUUGGAUUUCUCUGCAUAAAUUAAAAGUAGAAUUUCACGUGAUAAAGAAAUGGGUAGAGGCAUGUCCAUAUUUUACUGCAUUGCCUCCGUUUAUCAUUGUACAGACAUUAUUGUUUGUUUUAAUGUUUCCUGCAAAUAAUUAAUGUGCUAACCUCCCACCUCCAAAUCCUCAGGGCACAUUUGCGUAUCACUGAGAUUGAGGUCAACCCUACAAAUCCAUACUGGUUAAUGAACACAACUGUGGAAAUAUUCGGAGAAAAGGUUGUUGUCAAAACAAAAAAAGAGCACUGAGGAAAGUGUUGCAUUUGAAAUUAUGUUUUGAAACAGCAAAAAGGGUUAAUUGCUCAAAGCGUCCCAACACUGGACAUGAUACGGAGGCAGAUCUCUUCUUUGGCCCUGUCGUUUAAGCUAGGUCCUGACUGUGAAGAGGUACAACUUGAGUAUCCCCUAUCUAAACUACCGAACUUGGGAUCAGAAGCAUUUGGGAUGUCAGUUUUAGAAAGCAAAGAUGUCAGCAUCACAUCCACCCAUGUAGACAAUUCUGGAGUGUUUUAAAUUUCAGAAUUCCAAAUAAGAGAUACUCAACCUGUAAGAACGAGUCAACAGCUUUACUGUUGAGCUCCAAUAUGUCUCAGUAACAACUCACAGUGGUUAACCCUUUCUACUAUGCUUCUACACAUCUCUGUUGUGUACAGUAAUCCUGAAGGGCCCAACCUUAUCACAAAUGAAAUGGAUUGUGAAAUAAUAUAGCCAGGAAUACAUAUUUGUAGGAUUGAGCCCAGACUAUUUAAUAUUUAACUUGUCUCUUCAAAAAUGUGUUUUAUCUUUGUAUUCAGCUGGCUUUUCAACUGUAGGAAGCAGAAACUGGAACUAGGUGAACCAAGUUUGAUAGCAGUGCUUUACCCUUGGCUAACAUUUUCUAAUUUAUCACUGUGCCUUUCUUAAAAGUAAACCAAUGAUCAUUCUAGUAGAAUUUGACAAUGUUCCUGUCUCAAUUUGUUUUAAAUUGUGUUUGAGUUAAAAAGUGGGGUGGGCGGGCACUGAGAAUUAGGACUGAGAACAAAUAUUUAAGCAGUCAUAUUUUUGCAUAAUGCUUAGAAUGUUACGUCGAUUUGCACAAGACUGUUUUGUCCUGUUUGAGCAGUCAAGCAUUUGUUUGUUUUAAACUAUAUGGAGUUUUAGAUAAACCUGAGAAAAUGUGCUUUUAUGAAGUCAAUUUUUAAAGAAACACUUUGGUAUUCUGAAGCAAAUGUAUUUAUUUAUCAGUAUGUGUAUAACUAAUUUGGUAUUUUCACACAAUUACAUUGUGUUAUGUUGUAGAGAUUACUGUGUAUGUCAUGACAGAAAAUCUGUGCAGAAAAAAAUUAAAACUUGAAUUUGUUUCAAA